UCUUGACUAACACGUCAUCUUUCUCUCUCCUCUAACCAAUCACCUCUCUCCACGUACCCCAAACCCCAAAUCCGUUACAAUCUCACCUCAAAUUCCUCCAUAAACGUAAAAAGUUCUUCGCCACAAUUACAAAUGAUUUCCAUCAAAUUCUCUCUCAAUUAAAAUUCUCACUAAUUUCUUGCAAUCGAAACAAUUAUGGAGGUUUUAGACAUCGUUAUUCUAAAAUCUUCAGUUUAUGAUAACACCCACAUGAGAAAAACCUGUGGGAGUUCAAAAAACUCAUCGUUUUUGAAUUCUAGUGUUUGUUUGAGGGAGAAUCGUGUACCCAGAUUGAGGAAAUCGGUGUUAAAAGUUGGAAAUUAUGGAAUUGAAGAUAAAGGGCAUUUGGAGUAUUAUUCAAAAGUUGCCCCUGUUUGUGGGGAGAAAAAGGGUAAGAAAGGAUGGAGUGGUGUUUCUACAAAGAAAAGGAUGAAAUUGUUGAAGGGUUUGGUUAAUGAUUUGUCUAUGUUUUCUGAAUUAUCUUUUGGAUCGGAAUUGGAUUGCGAUAAAGAGAGGACUGUUUCUGAAGCAGCAGAAACACUGUUAGCUCAUUUGAAGCAGCUGAGAGAAGAAGAACAAAUGAAGGAUAAAGAAAAGAUGAAGAACUGUAAAUCUUUAGCUUGUGAAUCCUCUUCAUCGUCCUCGGAAUCUAGUGAUAGUGAAUGUGAUGAGGUGAUCGACAUGAAAUAUAUGAAAAAACCCUCUAUUGUUCAACCAAUUGAAACCAAAGAAUCUACCACAAUAAGCACAUUGCCUGAACAGCCCAUGAAUGAACAACAAUUUCAAAAUUCAGAACAAUGCUGUAAUAUGAUACUUGAAAUGACCUUAAACAAAGAUACAGGAAUUGAAGUUUUCAGAUCAGACACCACGAAUACGAACCAAUUGAAGGUGGAAAGUAUCGAGAAGAAGAUUGAAGUUUGUAUGGGCGGGAAGUGCAAAAAAUCAGGCUCUCCUGCGUUGAUGGAAGAAUUUCAGAGAGUGAUAGAUGAUGAGGUAGUAGUUGCAGGGUGUAAGUGCCUUGGAAAGUGUAAAAGUGCUCCUAAUGUUCGGGUUUUGAAUGGUAAUGUUGUUGAUGAUUCUUUGAGGACUCCUAGUAAUGCGGUCUGCAUUGGUGUCGGUUUAGAAGACGUAGAGACGAUCCUUGCAAAUUACUUUGGUGAAGGUGGUAAAGAUCAGUUGCGCGUUGCUGUUGCUGGUGCUCUCUCUUAAAGAUUUGAUGGUAUGAUUUGCUAGGUUCGGUUCAGUUGUGUACAAUGCUUGAGCUGAAUCGAGAUUCUGAUCGUCUUAAGCAGGAAAUUAUAGAUUGUGAGAUUUCAUCAGGUUUAUGGAAUACUUUCUAAAACCUGUUUAAUUGUAGAUAAGAUAUACUAGUAUUGCGUGAUUGUUAGAACGACUGUUGACUAGCGAAAUAUAUAUGGAGUAAUGCUUCAGUUAUCAUCUGGUUUACUUGAAAUGAAUGCGUGUAAUUAUUUUCGUAUAUAGUUACUCCUUGGACAUUGCAGGAUAGAUUGUUGGCUUUUAAAAAUUUUGCUUUUCGCUUGAA